AUGGCUGAAGCAGCCUCAGUAGAGGUAAUUCAAGACCAAGUUCAUGUUACAGAAGUUAUUUAUGGAGUAAAGUAAAAAUAGCUAGCUGGCUAUGCAUGGAUAAUUAAUUCGAUGAAGAAGAUUACAUGGAACCUAAAUCAUUACCCAGCUUAUUUCCUUCUCAAAAAGAUUUCAAACAAAAACAACUAAAAAGUCAUCCCACUAGAUAUUUAGCCACAUUAAAUUUAACAAGAACUCUAGCAAAAUUAGUUGCAACCUAUUUAACAGGAGUAGUAAAACAAACAUAAAUUGAAUUUUUAUCCAAACUUAGUUCAAAUAAACUAACAAUAAAUGGAUAUCAGCCUGAGUAAUUAAAGUGAUUAUGUCAUUUAGUCUUUAAUACCACAUGAUCAGCUUUAAUAAUCGUUUUAUUAAUAGCCAGACUCGAGUUAAGUUCCAAUUCAUAUAAAACAUGGGUAAACAUUUUAAUAAGAUGAUCUAUAAAAAGAUGAUAACUCUGUUAAAUCUUGUAAACUCUGA